UUGUGUGGUCCCGCCUCUCGGAGAUGACGUCACAUUCCCCUCUAGGAACUUCUUUCUCACCUCUCGGGUCGAUGGCUCUCGCGUCUGACGGACCAGGGCGCAAGCGCAGACCUCUUAGGGGUAAAUCUGGGCUGGGCGGCAAGGUCUGGUCUGCAUCCUCCCGACUCAGGUUCCGCAAGUUCCGAUUACCUGCAACCGGAAGCACGCUUCGAGAUCCCUGAGUCCAACACCGCCUCCUCCCACCCCUGUUUUGCAACUGAGUCCUAGAAAGGAGGGGUGGCCAGAGCGAGCAGCCGGGCUCGGUCUGAGCGCCCCCAUGGUGGCGCCGGUGUCUGAACAGGCUGCACCCUCCGCCGUGGUUAUUAUCGCCGUUUUACAGAUGAGGAAACUGAGUCACGUGCUGAGGCAGAGCUUGGGCUUGAAACCACAGGGUCUUUAACAUUCUGAGACCAAUCAAUCCCCAGCCUCUGAAAGCCAGCCUCAGCCAAGCGCCUUCAGCCGCCGGGGUCAGGCCCAGACUGGCAGCCAGUGUCAAAGUGCACUUAAUUAUCACCAACUGUGUGCCAGGUGCAGAGCAUCCAACCACGACAGCAGACAACAAGCACUGCAGUGUCCAGUAACUUGGAGGCUGCUGUUAUCCCUGGCUUAAGCCUUUUCUCCAGGGUUAAACAUCAGUAAUUCCUUAAAUCUUCCUGUAGCUUGGACUUCAAACUCCCUGUCCUCCCCUGCAUGUUGUAGCUAGUCAAUAUUUUUCCAAAAAUGUGGUACUCAGAAUCGAAUUCAAUAUCCUGUAUAGGGGAUUACCAGCCAGAGGCCCACAUACCUUCCUUCAGGAGAUCUAAGAAGUUUGUCAAGGAGUAGGGUUAUGGGAAAGAUUUGAAAUUUUGCCUUUGGAAUAACCGGAAGAACAAGCCGUACUGUGGUACAAAAUACAAAGUCCCUUUUCCUUUGAAUUCUCUGCCUUCCUUGCUUACCCAUUCUAUCCAGCCCAGUACACACCCUACUGGUUAAACAAGAGUUCCCCAAUCAGUGGCCACAUUCAGAGUACCAGGAACUGAGCAGAAAGUUGUGCUUCUCAUCCAGGACUGGCUGACUAGUUUCACAACCUCCAGAGUGAACUUAGAUCCAAGACCUGAAAAGAUCCUAGAAAAGUGAAAGACUUUCAGAGAAUUUGAAAGCAUGAGAUGGCUGAAGCUUCUGCUUUUCCUGUUAUGCUGGAGAGUGACCGGGGCUAUUCCAGGUCAGUUUUGGCACAUCUCAGACCUGCACCUGGACCCUGACUAUAAGGCCUCCCAGGAUCCCCUCCAAGUGUGUCCAUCAGCAGGUUCCCAGCCAGUACCCAAUGCAGGUGUGUGGGGAAAUUACCUUUGUGAUGCUCCCUGGAUCCUCAUCAACUCUUCCAUUUAUGCCAUGAAGGCAAUCUUGCCCAGCCCGGACUUCAUUCUCUGGACCGGUGAUGACACCCCUCAUGUCCCUAACGAGAAACUGGGAGAAGAAGCCGUGUUGGAAAUAGUGAAACGCUUGACGGACCUCAUUCAGUCAGUAUUCCCAGAAACCAAAGUCUACUCUGCUCUGGGAAAUCAUGAUUUCCAUCCCAAAAGCCAGUUGCCAGCUGGAAGCAACAAUAUAUAUGACAAAGUAGCCGAAUUGUGGAGGCCGUGGCUCAAUAAUGAAUCUGUCUCUCAGUUCAAAGAAGGUGCCUUCUACACGGAGAGGCUGCCUAGUCCAGACAAGCCUGGGCGAAUUGUGGUACUCAACAGCAACCUGUACUAUAGCAACAACAAGCUGACGGCCAACCUGGACGACCCCGGGAGCCAGUUUCAGUGGCUGGAGGAUGUGCUCAGCAAUGCAUCCAGAGAGGGAGAAAAGGUGUAUGUCAUUGGUCACGUGCCCCCUGGCUUCUUUGAGAAGACCCGAAGCAAAGCCUGGUUCCGGCCCAACUUCAAUCAACGCUACAUGGAAAUUAUCAAGAAGUACCAUCAUGUGAUUGCUGGGCAGUUUUUCGGUCAUCAGCACACUGACAGCUUCCGGAUGUUUUAUGAUGACACAGGUGUCCCCAUCAGUGUCAUGUUCCUAGCUCCCGCGGUGUCUCCCUGGAAGACAACACUCUCUGGGGUGAGCAACGGAGCCAAUAAUCCUGGGAUCCGAGUCUGGGAAUAUGACCGAGCCACCUUCCAGCUUCAGGACAUGGUGACUUACUAUUUAAAUCUCACCCAUGCCAACCUGCAGGCCCCAAGGUGGGAGAAGGAAUACCGUCUGACUGAAGCCUUCCAGGCCCUGGAUGGCUCAGCAGCCUCCAUGCAGCGGGUGCUGGACCAGCUUACCCAGGAUAACUGUGCCCUGCAGAGAUACUACCGGUACAACUCUGUCAGUUAUGAUUUGGACCCUUGUGAGCAGGGCUGCCGGGCAGAGCAGCUGUGUGCCCUGAGGGAGGUGGACUUUGCAGGCUAUGAAAGGUGUAUCAACUCCUCCUGUGGGCUGUCGGGGUCCCUGCUCCUCCUCUGCCUGAUGAUGGGGCUUCACUUGAUCAGAGUCCUGGCUCCCCGGUAGAAGAGAAGCAUUGUGGGGAGAGGGGUUGGAGCAGGCAAAAAGAUUCUGAAGCUCCAGUCCUUUGGGAAGUCAAAGGGAUACAUGAGGAGAGAGAGCAAGAGAGAGCCCCGGACUGAGAAAGCUCUUCACGGCCUGGCCCCUCCCCGCUUCCCAAUCUCCCCCUCUGGGAAUCUGCCAUUCUGUGACACUGCUCACCUUGCUGUACCUCAAAGAAGGAAGGAAAUGAGUAUUUAUUAAACUCCUACUGUGUAAACUCCUACCAUGCUGAGCACUUUCCAGUGUUAUUUCAUUUGAGCCUUACGACAACCCUGGGAGGUAGGUGUUGUUAUUAUACCCCCUUUACAGAAGAGGAAACUGAGCCAGACAGGAGUUAAGGGAAAUUGCCCAGGCUCACACAGUUUGUAAGUGUCUGAAGCUGAAUUUGAAUUCAGGUCUUACCCACUACAGGCCUCUUGCUCUUUCCACUUCCAUAUACAGCUGCCAAGACCCUCCUUCUCUAUUUUGGGACUAUUCUAUGGGUGGAAUACUGUCUCUCCUCUUCUUCCUCAUCGCUGCUUCCUGGUUUCCGUGUCUUCCUUCAAGUCUCAGCUACAAUUGCAUCUUCUGGGGGCCCACUUUCUUGAUUUCUCUUCAUUCUAGCACCUUCCCUCUGGGGACCAUCUGCAGUUCAUCCCACAUAUAUCUUGUUUGAACAUAGUUGUCCCUUCAUGUCAUCUCCCCAUUACACCGUGAGCUCUUUGAGAGCAGGGACUGACUUUUACCUUUGUACCCCAAGUGCUUAACACGUUGCCCAGUACGUGCCAAAUAAAUGCUUGUUGACUUGA